AUGUCCAGGAUGCAGAUGUUCCUGGCCUUGAGCCUGCUGUUGCAGUGCAUAGUGUUUGGUGUGGCCUGCAAAGGGCGAUAUCUCCUGAAUGGGACGUAUGGAGUUAUCAACCACGGGAACGCCCAGGGGAAAUAUUUACCCUCCAUGCACUGUGAAUGGCUCAUUGAUGCUGGAUCAACAUCUAAGUAUAUCACACUGAGUUUCAGUAGAAUGAGCACAGAGUGUUCUUAUGACCAGCUAUUUGUCUAUGACGGCCAGGCUUAUUCCAGUCCCAUGAUUGGAAGUUUUAGCGGAGAAUCAGUCCCAGAUACAGUCACUGCAACCUCAGGAUAUAUGCUGAUUCAUUUCUUUAGUGACCGUAACUAUGUGUUGGAUGGGUUUGAGGCAGUGUAUACCGUGACAGACUGUCUUCUCAACUGCUCUAGUCCUGCUGGUCACUGUGUGAACCACCAGUGUGUGUGUAACCCUGCCUAUACUGGGUCAGCCUGUGAACAUGUAAUCUGCCCCAGAUUUGAGGGAUCACAAUGUGGAUCUCCUAACAGAGGAGACUGUGGCUUGUUCUCUGGACUCUGUGACUGUAAGAGUGGCUAUACAGGCUACUCCUGCUCCUUCCCGUAUAACUCCACUGAGGGCAACAGCACGUGGUACACGUUGUCUCCUGCUGGUUCAGGCUUCGCACCACGUGCUGGACAUGCGACUGUCUUCUUAGAGAAUGCCAUAUGGACAUUUGGUGGCCAUACCCUUUCCACAGUCCUUGAUGACCUGUAUAAAUAUGACUUUACAACAAGUCUAUGGACAUAUAUAAACCAUACAUCACCCUGGCCUGAUGGGCGCCAUAACCUCGCUGCUGUGGGUUUCAGAGACGCCAUGUAUAUAUAUGGUGGUAAAACCACUGCUGGGGUGGUAUCCAAUGAACUGUGGCUGUACAAUAUCACCAGUGCCCAGUGGUCACUCCAUGUGUCCUCCAGCACUGACCAGCCUCCAGCCCUCACUGACCACACACUGACCCUGGUGGAUGACCGCUGGCUCUAUCUGUUUGGUGGUCAGACGGAGAAUGGCUCCUUUGUAUCAGCCAUGUACAGAAUUGACAUCGCCAACUCUGGAGACUGGGAGGCUGUGGUCACCAAAGGAGGAAACCCCCUUGACCGCCGGCUAGUUGGUCACUCUGCAGUGUACCACCAAGAGUCCAGGUCUGUUCUAGUGUAUGGUGGGUUUACCACGGAAUAUGCAAGGUUCAGCAAUCGCACAAGUCACCUCCAUGUUUUCCAUGUGGACUACAACUACUGGUCCCGGGUUCAUUACCAUAACAACAGCGGGGAGCACCCUGUCCCGCCAAUACGUGCAUACCAUACUGCUCACAUCCUGGGGAACUAUAUGCUGGUCUAUGGAGGCUAUGUCCAUAUUCAUGAGUAUCAGGAGAAGUGUUAUGAUGAACACCUGCACUUCUAUCACCUGGGCUGUCAUAUGUGGGUACAGCCCACCAACCUGGAGGAGUUCUUCAAUGGUGUGGGUGUGUUGGGAAAUGCUCCUAACAAAGGACGGUUCUCUCACUCCUCUGUGGUAGCGUUUGGUGACACUCUUAUCAUCCUGGGAGGUUAUCGAGGCACUGUGCUCUCUGAUCUCAUAGCAUAUAAAGUCCCACCUUCUGUGGCUGUGAAUCAGAACUCUCAGUCUGCGGUGGAGACAUAUUGUUUACAGUAUGAUGUGGAAGGAUGCCAGAAAGACCCCGACUGUGUGUGGUGUACACAGAGGAAAACACCCAGAACCCCAGGGUGUAUUCCUAGAACUCAGAUUUCUACCAACUGUGAUGGUCAGUUGAGUGACCGCCAGCCCUGCCUGGGGAUAUGUUAUGCUCUCCAGGACUGUGGUUCCUGUACAGUGCAGGGACAGCCUCCUAACACCACACAGACUGAGAGAUACCUCAAGGACCAGUGUGCCUGGUGUGUGAAGGAAUCUGUGUGCCAGAAAGUCACAGAGCCAGCAGGUGCCUGUAACCCCCCAGCUAACAUACCCGCUGACCAGUCAGGGUGGUGGGGGCCGUCCAGUCCAUUCCUGACCAGUCUUGACCAGUGCAGACUUCAGGACUUCCCGGCAGGGUUACACUGGCUCAAAUAUAGAUCACCACCGAACCUGGAGCAGCCAGAUGAUGUGGAGAUAGUUAAAGUGACUAACGUCCAGGUUUUUGAGCCAGAGGCAGCCCUGAGGUUUGAUCUGGCCAGACUGAGGGGCUUCAUCCACCCCAUGGGGGUCCAGUCAUUUGAUGGUGCCCCCCUCAGGGUGGCCAUGGGGGCAGGGGGGAUCCAGGGGGCACAUCUCAACCUGAACAGGAACGACAGCUAUGAUCACUUGGAGGAAGUAGCACGCUCUCCGGCAGUUAUCCGCUACCAGGUGACAACAGCAUCACGUUCUGAUGGCACGGUCAUCUUUCCACAGAACACAGCCGACCACAGGUACUACACUGACAUGAACGCCACAGGGUUCGCCACCAAGUCCAUUCUCAUGGCUCUGCAGUGGUCAGCAAGGCUACUGCAGCCCUCCGUGGCCUUAAAGGACUUCACCUCAGAAUUCCUAGAACCAUUCAACUCUGGGUUCUGUGCUAACUACACCACCUGCCUGGCCUGUCUAUCUGAUAUCUCCUGUGGUUGGUGUCCUGCCUCUCUGACCUGUGAGCUACGGAACAGCUCCUCUCUAGAUGCCCAGCACUGUGGUACUGCUGACCCUGUGGCUCAUAUGACACUCAAUGCCUCCAGUUGUGUCACAUGUGGGGACUUUGUGGACUGUCCUAGCUGUGCUGAGAACACCCACUGUGAGUGGCUGAAGAAUAUCAGCCGUUGCUUCAGGAAGGGAAGAUACUCCAGUGCUGUCAAAGAUGCAGACUCCUGUCCACUGCAGUGUUAUCAACGUACGAACUGCUCCACAUGCAUUGACGUGUACGGAGAGUGCGCUUGGUGUUCGCAGACACAGACAUGCUUUCCCUUUGCUGAGUAUGUCACACGCAAUGCGUAUGGUUUCUGUAACCGCUGGGUGGACAAUGAGAGCACGGAGAAAUGCACGGACUGCGGGCAGCAUACAGCGUGCAAGGCUUGUCUGGCAGACUUUAACUGUGGUUGGUGUGGUAACGUGGACAACCCUACGAUAGGCGUGUGUGUGCUGGGAGACUAUGUGGGUGCUUCCAAUGUGUCCAGCUGUUCUGCCGUGAUCAGUGAGAGUCAUAACAUCUCUUCCUCUGAGCCUGCUGAUUGGUCCUAUCAGGUCUGCCCUGAUAUCCAGGAGUGCAUUCUGGGAUUGGAUGACUGUCACCCUAAUGCCACCUGUGCUAACACAUUUGAUUCGUACACUUGUACAUGUAACAGGGGAUUUGAGGGCAAUGGAAAGACUGCUUGUGACAGAACGUGUUAUUACCAGUGUAUCCAUGGCAACUGCUCCAAAGCACCAGACUAUGUAUGUCAGUGUGAUCUUGGUUGGCAUGGUGAUGAGUGUAACACAGACUGUGGUUGCCAUGGUCACAGUAGCUGUAGUCAGGGGACAGGGCUAUGUGAUGAGUGUCAACAUUGGACUAUGGGAAACCACUGCGAGAUCUGCCGGCCUGGGAGCUAUGGCAACGCUGUCACUUACGGCUGCACAGCGUGUAACUGCAAUGGUCACGCCUUGGAGUCUCUGGGAUAUUGUAACAUUGACAACGGAACUUGUUACUGUGCUGACGGUUACCAAGGCAACCAGUGUGAGAGCUGUGCUCCAGGUUACUAUGGAGAUCCCAGAAAUGGCCAGAAGUGUUACUUGAAGUGUCAGGGUCGCAGUGUUAUUGCCAAUGCUACACAGGGGGCACUGGGUGCUCUGCAGGGGUCAGGGGUCACUACCACUGGUCAGGCAUAUUGUCUGUGGGCCAUCACACCGUACACGUCAUUGGAAGAGGCGGCGUCAGCCACACAGGCGCCCUCUAUUACAGUGACAAUUGAGGCUGGAAAUAUCAACACAGUCUGUAAUGAGGACUAUGUAUAUAUCUAUGAUGGUCAUCCCCCUACACUGACAGCUAACUCUGGUGGUCACUUGCUGGCUGCAGUAUGUGGUCAGCUGGAGACAGCGGUCACUGUGGAGGUCACCUCUGGUCUGGCGGUCAUUCAGUUUGAGGCCAGCCGAGCCUCCUCAGGCCAGGGUUGGUUCAAUGCCACCUACACUGUCCAUAGCUGUCCCUGGUCCUGUAGAGGUCAUCACCAGUGUGUGGGCGGUCAGUGUUUGUGUACAGACGGUCACUCAGGGGUCAACUGUGAGGAACAGAGAUGUCCCAAUAACUGCAGUGCUGCACUGGGACAGGGACAGUGUGACUCCUCUAAGCAGUUAUGUACCUGUUCCCCUGGCUAUACAGGAGUAGACUGUAGUCAGGAGAGUAGUGAGAGUAUCACAGAGUACACCCUGCUCUCUGCACCCCUCCCCAACACCCCUGACGCCCUGAACCUUCAGAGGAUGGGGCACUCCCUGGUCCACUGUGAGGAUGACCACCUGCUGGCCUUUGGGGGCUACUCACUGGUCAGUGGGGCCAAGAAUGACAUGUGGGCCUUUAACUUGACCUCUGAGGAGUGGACACUGGUCAGUUAUAGCAACACACCGCCACAGCCAAGAUGGUUUCACUCUGCUGUCUGUAUUCCCACUCUGAGAGCUGUCUAUGUCCUGGGAGGUUUGAUCCACAGUGCUGGAGUCACAGUAGCCAGCAAUGAACUGUGGAAGUUUACGCUAGAUACUGGAAGGUGGACUCAGAUAGCACUCCCAGCCACCCUGUACUUCCCUCCUCUGGCUGGUCACACCAUGACCCUGGUCACUGAUACCAGAGUGGUCAUCAUUGGAGGCUUCUCCACAGAGAACUACUUCAGUAAUACCACCUAUGAACUGGAGGUCAGCACCAACUCUGUACAGACUCUACUGAAUGAGACCACUGGGAAAGGAAACUCACCCACAGGCAUCUACAGCCACAGUGCAGUUUAUCACCCAGACAGUAGCGCCAUCUAUGUGUUUGGAGGCUACAAAUUUGACAUAGACCAGACUGUGAUAUCAGCGGAUCUCUAUACCUUCUCCGUGGACACUCUAGUGUGGUCCAUCCUUCCUCCAGACACUGGGAACAAGGUAAAUAUGGUCACUUUACUGUGGUUCAUCCUUCCUCCAGACACUGGGAACAAGCCUUCAGGGCGCUAUGGCCACACUGCGGUGAACUAUGGGGAUGCCAUGCUGGUGCUAGGGGGGUACAAUGGCACCAUGCUCUCCCAGGUCCUGGCUUAUAACUAUAAGUGUAACUUAUGGUCAGAUUGGACACAGUCAGUAUCUCCAGAGUCAGUCCUCAAGCCGGCCCUGGGUCAGUCAGCCGCAGUGGUCAAUGACAGUGUGUAUGUCCUGGGUGGCUAUGACAGCAGUGUGAUGUCCAGUUUGGUCAAGCUACGACCACCUGCUGACCACUGCAGGGUCCACAGUACCAAGGUCCAGUGUCUGUCCACUGUGGGCUGCUCGGCCUGUGUAGUGACCAGCAAUGAGACCAAUCAGACGUAUUGUUAUGCCAACUCAGCGGCAGUUCCUGGCAGCUGUACCCCUGUCAACUCCAGCACAGUGUACCACCAGGGCACUGUGUGUGACGCCAACCACAUCGCCAGCAGACUGUGUGUAGAGUACAGUAACUGUGGACAAUGUCUAGCUACAUGGCCAGCUCAUAGAUCUGUUAACAAGGUAUGUCAGUGGUGUAGUAACUGUCCUGUAGGCAGGUGUGUCACACGGGGUCUGAACUGUACAGCUGUCUACUACCCUCCUAACUGUCGCAACCGGUUACAGCGGACAGUGACGGGGAUCCAGAGUUGUAUGGAGAGCAUGUGUCAGGCCACAGACUGUACUAAGUGUGGAGAUCUGGGACACUGUAUCUGGACCAGACAGUACAAACGAUCCAGUGAGGUGGCGCGUACCCUCAGUGUGGCUCCUAUUUUUGACUGGAACUGUUUCACCAACACCCUACUGGACGCCACUCCACAGUAUAACAUCAUCUCCAUGCCACCACACACCUGCCCUGUACGCUGUUAUCAGCACGUGACGUGCAGCGCGUGCCUCUCGUCCUCUGGUUCAGAAGGAGGCUGGCAGAGGUGCGCUUGGAGUAGGACCAGAAAUGAGUGCAUGAGUCCUGGAUACCAGCCAUUACAUUGCGUGAAUGGAGAAUGUGGUCACAUGAUCACAGACAAGAACAAAUGUCCCGCACGUUGCAGCGUGCAUGUUAAAUGCAGCACGUGUUUGUCGCACGCUGGGUGUGGUUGGUGUGCCCUGGGUGGCCUAGAUGGCGCUGGUGUCUGUAUGGAGGGAGGACUGGACGGGCCGUCUAUAGGGGUGUGCACAGCACAGAAUAUAAGCCUUGGACAAGAACCACUGCCAGCUGUAGUUGCAAACCUGACGCAGUAUGCCAGUGGCGCCCCCACCUGGGCGUACUCUGCAUGUCCUCCAGAGAACGAAUGCGCCAAUGGCCACCACGAAUGUAAAGUGAACGAUGACUGUGUAGAUGAGGUGCAGGGAUACACGUGUUUGUGUAAAACUGGAUACCAGAGGAACACCACCACUGACCUCUGUGUCCCAGUGUGUUUUGGAGGUCAGGGGUGUAACCAGGGCACCUGUGUGGCCCCAGACGUGUGCGAGUGCCGCUUUGGAUGGGUGGGACAGAAAUGUGCCACGGAGUGUCAGUGUAAUAAACACAGCACAUGUCAGAGUGACACACAAACUGAUGUCUGUCUGGAUUGUAAGAACAACACCAAGGGUACCCACUGUGAGCUGUGCAAGCCUCUAUAUGUAGGAAACCCAGUCAAUGGCGGGAGCUGUAUUUCCUGCCAGGAUUACUGUAACAACCACUCCUCUGUAUGUCUGUCAGAGGUGGAGUACCAGAUGGUUCUCAAUGACUUCAAACUGCUCAGCUUUGUGCCAAGCUGGGUGACAGAGGGUCCACCAGAUGGCAGUGCUAGGUGUGUGGGCUGUCUUGGGAACACAGAGGGAGCCACCUGCAGUCAGUGCAAGAGAGGCUACUUCAGAAAGAGCACAGAGAGUCCGACUAAUGAUUGCACUAAAUGUAAGUGUCAGGGUCAUGGGGACACAUGUGACGCCAGCAGUGGAGCAAACUGUCCUUGUGGCAACAACACCAAGACACCAACUUGUGGAGACGGUUCUGUUCCGUGUGAAGAUGUACAGUGCUCUGUCUGUAAGGAAUAUUUCCUGGGGAUCCCCACCAACGGCCAUCACUGCUACCACAAGAUGACUGUAGACAGAGAUUUCUGCUUUGAUCCUGACACCCAGAACUUCUGUACCCAGAACCCUACACGGCUCCAGAAGGGACAGACUGUGUUCUUUGCUGUCCAGCCCAGAUAUCUUAAUGUAGAUAUCCGGGUCACUAUUGAUGUCACCAGUGGGGGUGUGGAUGUCUACUUCUCCCCGUACAAUGACACCUUUAUAGUGUCAGUGGACCCCAACUCCUGGAAACAUAACAUCACUAUUGACCCCAGUUACGUAGCUGUUGACUCCCAGUCCUCGCGGCGGCGGCGGAGUACCACCAGUAAUGGCACGCACACUCUGUAUAAUCUACGGAGUAUGGAGGCGGAGGAGAUGGUGACGUAUGUUACCAUAGAUACGCCCAGGACUGUACUUAUUGUGCGUAAUGUCAAGUUCCGACUUGUGAUAACACUUCCUCAUGAGUCAGAUAUUCAUAACUUAAAGGAGGCCAAGUUCUUCACUGUGUUACAGGGCAUAGGAUCUGCCACCACCAAUGAAAGUUUUGGGAAUUUGUACUUUCGUCAGGAUCAGCCUCAUAUUGAUUUAUUUGUGUUUUUCUCCGUGUUUUUCUCCAGUUUUUUCAAGUUUUUAUCGUUGUGUGUCCUGGUUUGGAAGAUUAAGCAGGUGCAUGACACGAGACAGAACACACAGCGCCGUCUGAUGGAGAUGGAACACAUGGCCUCCAGACCAUUUGGAAAGGUGAUGGUUUACCUGGACGAGGAGGAACUGUUCAGCCAAUCCCCACCCAUGAGGAGAAAACGGUUGCGUCCAAAAUCCCGUAGAAAGCACCGCUCGUCUGGCCCUGACAAUCUCGAACAGGUUGAUGAUGAUGAUGAAUUUAACAUCAACCCAAUAGCACUGGAGCCGACAGACGAUGGUAUCGCUGCUGUGGGAACAGUUGUAGUACAGCUACCAGGUGGCACCUCUGCUCCAGUGCAGGCUUAUCUUGGCUCAGCCUUGAUGACCUUGAGGGUCAUGUAUCCCACUCUGAAUACACAGAAAAAUCCCGUGCGGAGACGAACUACAAACACAAACUCUGGGCCCAAUACACAGCAAACUGUUAAUUCCACUUCUGGAAAUAGUAAUAGUUCGUCCGCAUGAAACUGGUUUUAUGGAGCCUUUAGUUAGAAUACACCAUGGAAGCUGACUUUAUGUGUGGUGUAUAUGCAUUUGAAACACAAAGCUUUUGCUUUAAAAUGAACAGCAUUAACGUGGAAGAUUUGGAUGUGAUGAGCUAGAGAAGAUAUUUAAAAGCUGUAUACAGUAACCAGACUGUUAAAUGUGCACAUAUUUGUUGAUGGUGUAUUUGUAUGUAAUACACACUAGAGACCUGGUACUGAAGACAUGUGGCUUUUUAUCUUAGUAGCAAUAACACCAAGUCACUUCUGUGUUUAGGAUAUAGAAGUACACACUGGGCAGUUGUGAUGAUACUGGAAGCCAAAUAGAACUGUGACAACAAAUUGUUCAUUUGAUCUCAAUAUCUCUCCCUUUUUUUUUAGAUGUUUUGUUUGUGUCCCAGAACUUACAUGUUUUUGAAAACAGUAAAACUUUACACCGGAUGAUCAAAUGGAUUUAGUUCUAAGAAGAAAGUUCAGCUGACAGUUUUUGAAUUUUCUAGAGUCAAAUGUAUCUCCUAAUAAUCUCCUGUUUAUUUUCUGCAUGUGCGUGUCAUACUGUGAGUCUUUGUUUUGUAAUGCUAUGAAUGGCUGCUGUUAGGAUUCGAAUACAAUUGUUAAAUGCACUGCUGCAAAUUUUGACAGGGUUGUUGCGUAGCACUUGCAGAAUUGUGAAAAUAUUUUCGUGGAACUUCAACACCUCUGUUAUAACUCUGAUUAGUUAAAGAUUUUAUGGUCUCCUCAAUCUGCGGCUUCAUCAGUGUUAUUCAAAUUAAUUAGCAUGUAUAGUUAAUUAAUCUUUUACAGUUUCCUCUGGCAACAGGUUGGUUAAUUUAGAACUCGUGUUCUGCAGUAUUUUACCCCGCAACAUUUCUGAUGACAUUGCUUUUAACUUGAAUUUUAGCUGUUGAUCAAAAAUAAUAUAAAUAAGUCAAGUGAUUCACACAUCUGCUGAUAAUCAGUUCAGGUCAACUUGUAUUUGCUGGGAAUAUUUUUCCACUCAUUGACUCUGCAAGCAGGACAUUAAGUAAUUAAACCUUGUAAUAACUAGACUGUGGGGAAGACGACUAGUAAGUAUAAGGCCCAUUCAAAAUAGGGGACUAACUAGUAGCAGAGUGAAAUACACUGACCUACUACAAAGCUUGCCGAAUAAUCUGCUAAAAUACACUGAUUUUGAUACCCCCUGGGGGAAGUAGUGGGUCAGCCAUAUUUGACCCUGGGACUAGUAAGUACCCUAUUCUGAAUGAGGCCUUAGAGGUCAUGUCCCUGUGCUUACAUCAAGAAAUUAACAUUGUUUAUGUACGUCGUAAGGUGGUCGUAAGUUGGAAUAUAGUGAAGAAAAAGACCUCCUAUGGUUUUUAAUGAGAUUGAUGUUUGUGAAACCCCACUAAACUGGAAGAAGGGAUGUGUAUGUUCAUUAUGAGAGGAAAAUGAAUAGAGAUGAUUAACAGAGUAACACAAUAGAAGUAAUUAUGAAAUGAGUAAGUUGUUUAGAUGUUAUACCACACAGCAGAUGGAUACUUUGAUCUCAUUCUUAAUCAUAGAAAUCCCAAUGCAGUUAACAUAUCAUUUCUGCUUAAUGCAUUGUGUGUUGAUUUUCAUGUGUUGUUCAAGCUACACUGAAGCUGCAAGCAUUUGACACCUUUUUAUAUCUCUCUGUUUCCUAGAGUUAAAAAUGUUCUGUACAUACAGGCCACAAUUAGCAAAUAAAUGUAUUUCAUAUAGGGAAAUCUGAAAAAAAGGGAAUAAGGCAUGAAAACCAGAACAUAUUAGAUGGGGGGGGGGGGGUCACAGUAUAGUGUAAUAUUAUAUUUAUAUAUUUUGUUAAGUAACUUGAGCUUUAUAUAAGUUAUUUGAACAUAUAGAAUACACAGAUAUAUGUAUAGGUCUUUUUUAUGUUUUAAUUUUUUAUUUAUUUAUAUUAGAUUUAGGGGAAGUUAUUUAAAAUUCUGCUUCCAUAUUUUGAUUUUUCUAAGGUGAUAGAUAAAACUGAAAUCAUGGAAUAUUGAUUGAUAUGAAGACUUCAUAUUUAUAGGUAGAUAUAGCAAGUGUCUUAUUACCACCACUUUUAAGCGGAGUUUGAAUCAUGGAUAAUUGUUUAGAUAAACAACUUGCAUAAAUUGUAUAUUAUAAAGUAUUAUUUAACCAAGAUCCAGAUCCGUGUGUGCUAGACUCACUGUGCAGGCUUCAGACACCACCGUCACUGAAAGUUAUUAGAAAUAAAAGAAAUUAAAAGUGUUAAUAUUUAAUGAUACCUGUAUUGAACCAGACUGGGGGUUGAAACACAGGGGUCAUAUACUUGGACUAGAAAGAGUUAUAAGUAAGAGUGUAAUCGCAACAAGUGUUGAUUUUGUACAUUUUGAAAUACCUCUCUUAUUGAAGUCUUCACUGAAGACGGUUGCAUCAAAUGUGAUUUUUCAGGAAUGGAGACAUGCUUGCAUGAUUCAGGCAUUAUGUCAAUUUAUUGUUUGCUGAGAAGUAAAGGAUGGUUAUUUACUAUAAAUGUAUUAUAAAUAAUAAAUCAAUGAAAAGUA